AUGUGUAGGGAACCGAGGCAGCUGCCACACGGCAAAAUCAGUUCAUGUCAAGAGACUACCUGCGAUCACUUUACAGUGGCGAAAAGACUUCGGGUUUUCAAGCAUUGCACUGCAAAUUCCAGCACGACAUGCAUACCUUGUGUUGAGGACACAUACACAGAUCAUCCCAAUGGUUUAGAACAGUGCAGGAAAUGUAAACUGUAUGAUAAAGGAGCCAACCUAGUGCCAGAAGUAGCAUGUAGCUAUACGAAGAAUACUGUGUGUGGCUGUCUGCCUGGCUAUUUCUGCAGUUAUUUUGGGACUGAAGACUGUGAACUUUGUCAACGCUACACUGUCUGCUUUCCUGGCAGCACGGUAAAAGAAAGAGGCACAAAGACCACUGACAGUGUGUGUGAAGCCUGUCCUCCGGGAACGUCCUCAACAGCCAACGUGUCUUACAGUUGUACACCGUGGCACAGACUUAAGGAGAGCGGCCGGGUACAAGGAGAGGACGGGAAUCCUUCCUCGCAUUCCUCUGUUCCAACAAUUGUUGGUCCUGUUGUUGGAACCAUGAUAGUUGUUGCAGCUGGCCUUAGAUAUAUCUGGAAAAGGAGGAAGAGGAAAAAUUAUGUGCCACAUAAGUACAAAUAGCACAGUGGACAGCAGGGUCAGGCUUUGAUAUUAACCGUGGAGAAUGGGGAUCAAACAACUGUUCCUGUGCAGGAAACCGGUGCCGAUCCUGAAGAAACCAGGCCUGAAUAGACAUUUUUGUUUGAACUAUU